AUGUUUCUUGCCCGCACCUACUCUUCCACGCGUUUUAGCAGUUUCCCCGAUAGCGUCAUAGACGAGGACCCACAGAAAGCUCUUGAGGAAUUGAAUGAAGCCUUGGAAGGACACUCUGACAAUGCAGAAUGGUUCUGCCAACYAGCCUACACCCACCUUCAACUAAACUACACCUGUGCUGUCAACGAUGCCAAGAAAUCCCAGCAGCUCAACCCCAGCCUUCUUCUUGCCUUCAUGAGAAUGGGAAUGGCAGAGUACCACCUGAACCACUUUGAGGUGUCACAUGCUGCCUUCACUAAGGGACACCGCCUGGAUGGUUCAGAUGACACUUUCCGAACGUGGCUCAAACGCUGUGAUGAGUCCCUUUCAGCGGCGAAUCAGAACGGAAACAAGAAUAAGUUGAGUCAGACACCACACAUCAAACACGACUUGUACCAGACAGACUCCCAGGUCAUCGUCACCAUCAUGGUGAAAAAUGCUCCCAAGGAUGGUGUUAUCGUUAAUUUCAACAACAGACAGUUGUCGGCUGUGGUGAAGCUUCCUUCAGGGGAGGACUUCAGCUUGAACAUGAACCUGCUGCACCCCAUUGUCCCCCAACACAGCACCUUCAAGGUCCUCUCCACAAAGGUGGAGGUCAAGAUGCAGAAGACAGAGGGGAUCAGGUGGGAGAAGCUGGAGGGACAGGAGCCCAACGUCAAACACUUCAUCCCCAACCAGUACCCGUCAUCGUCUGCCUCCAGCCGUAACUGGGACAAGGUGGUGGGGGACAUCAGUGAGAAGGAGAAGAAGCUGGAGGGAGACGCAGCGCUUAACGAACUCUUUCACCAAAUCUACUGUGACGGCACUGACGAGGUCAAACGGGCCAUGAACAAAUCCUUUAUGGAGUCGGGUGGUACAGUCCUGAGCACCAACUGGACAGACGUUGGGAAGAGAAUGGUAGAGAUGAGCCCUCCUGAUGACAUGGAGUUUAAGAAGUACUGAAGAACACUCUCGCUCUCUGCCUCAAAUGGAUCGCCCAUAUCUCCUCUCCCCCGAAUGGUGCUUAAAGUUAGUGAGGGAGAUGAGUCUCCAGCUUCAGUGUAAUUGCUUUCUCCUUCUCUUUGCCUCCAAUGGACAUGUCCACUUUAUUCCCCCAAACCCACCCCUCCCUCCACCUUCCAGUCCGUCUGUCAAUAUUGGUUUUAGAGCUUUGGUGCUUUUCGCCGCAGUCCAGGAACCACUAGUAACCCUAGCGUUUAACCAUUCUCACAAACACUAUAAAGAGGUUAAUCGAUACAUCUCUCUAUCCUAUAUAUAAUAGAAAAACUGGGAAUCAUCUGAAUGGCCAAUUUGGUUAAAGGUAGUGUAGGGUUGAACUUGAUUCCUGGACUGAAAGGUUGGGAAACCCUUUUCACCUCUUGUGGCUGUUCUUGUGUUUCGAGCCUUUCUUUAUCCGGGGUGGGUGGGACGUUUAUGUCGUCCCAUUCACCACUUGGAAUGAAUACAAAAUAUGUGAAAUGUUUUGAUUUUUGUUUGUUUUUUGUUAUACUUUUAUAAGAAUUCUAGAAUAUUUUUCCACAUCAGCAGCAGUACAGUCAUGCAAUGGAAGUCGAAUUUUAAUUUCCUUUUCCUCAAUGUGAUUCAAACUUAAAUGUAAAUAAAUUAUUUUGUUUAUGGAUCACAA